UUUCUCUCAACCACGAUGGCAGCCAAACCAGAGGACGCAUUGAUGAAGCAACGGCUUCAAAAUCACGAAGAAUUCCUACGACAGAAACAAGCCAUUGUCCGAGAGACCGAAAGGUCGCGGCCCUCCGCCAACCGAUUCGUCGGCCAGUUCGACUCUGUGGAGGAUUCUUUGAAGAACAGCACCGUCGGAUUGGUUCACUUGGAAGACUUUCAACAGCGCCGAAGAGAAAUUGAGGAGACUCAGGCGCGCGAGGCGGCGAAGUCCAAUGCUGUCAAGGAUGAUAAAAAGGCCAAGAAGAGGAAAAAAGCUUCCAAAGUGACACUGUCGUUUGCUUUGGACGACGAGGAAGGCGCAGGAGAUACCAAUUCACCCGGUCCCAGUGCUAAAGAAGACGAGGAAGAACGUGCUGCAAAGCGAAGCAAGUUCAGAAAAAAUCCUGCCGUGGAUACGUCGUUUUUACCAGACCGCGAGCGAGAAGAAGAGGAACGUAAGGAGCGCGAGCGGCUGAGAUUGGAAUGGCUGCAAAAGCAAGAGGAUAUGAAAUUGGAAGAGAUCGAGAUUGCGUACUCUUAUUGGGAUGGCAGUGGUCAUCGCAAGAGCGUUAAAUGCAAGAAAGGAGAUGAAAUUGGCCACUUCCUGGAGAAAUGUCGCAGCCAAUGCCCAGAAUUGCGCGGUGUGAGCGUGGAUAAUCUCAUGUAUAUCAAGGAAGACCUGAUCAUUCCUCAUCACUACACUUUCUAUGAUUUCAUUAUCAAUAAGGCCCGGGGCAAGUCGGGACCUUUAUUCAAUUUCGACGUCCAUGAUGAUGUCCGCCUACUCUCGGACGCGACAGUUGAGAAGGAUGAGUCCCAUGCUGGAAAGGUUGUGGAACGGAGCUACUACCAACGCAAUAAACAUAUUUUCCCCGCAUCACGUUGGGAGGUCUUCGACCCGGAGAAGAACUAUGGCAAGUACACGAUUGCUUGA